CUCUUCUCUGAUCCGGGAGUUCGCGAGAGCGUUCGGUCGGGGGAAUUUCUCUUCCUUGCUUGCUUCAGUAACACUGCUAACUCAUCGAUCUCUUGAGAGUUGUCGCUGUGCCCGCUAAAUUUAUAGAGAUCCUCGCAAAACGUUUCCUUGUCUGCUAAACGCUCCGAGUCGCCACAUCCGUUUUUAUCCCUCUCCAUAUUGAUCCAUCAUAGAAAACAUCAAUGCAGUAGCAUAGUAGAGUCAUGGAUGAUGGAAUUAUUUGUUUCUGCAAAAUAUAUCGCACUUUGUUAUCCAAUUGAUAUGGUUUCACAAUAUGCGAUGGGGUUGAAAGGAAACACGUCGCCUGUGUGACGGAACACGAAAUAGGCACCAGAUCACGUGGAGCUACUUAGUGGUCAUUAACGAUGGGUUCAAAAUUCCAAACGCAGCUCAGUGCUCAGCAGCCAGGUAAAUAGCAGAGCCGGCAUUUGCCAUUGUAUCUCAGCCAUGUCAAAGCCACGCGCAAUUUUACUCUCACUUCAUUCAUCAUUAUUUCCUCCCACAAGCUGCCUAUCGUGCCAAUUCCGAGAGUUACAACCACAGCUCCGCAGGCGAGAUGCAUCAACGUUCAGUUCACCCACUCCCGCAAAGCCUGCGGGGACCGCGCAGAUCAAGACUCCUCCUCCUCGCAACAACAAUAACAGCAACAAUGCGACUGACCCACUAGCAGAAGCAAAGGGUCCAAAGGGGGAAUUUACUCCCAAACCGCUCAGUCGCCCUCUAGGACUCCCUUAUCCCCCGCAAGCUGGGCAGAAUUCCGGUAUAGAUAACAGAACUCUCCGACAACGUCGAGACGAUUUUGUGGACUAUGAGAAACAUAUCAUCCGACGACAAGAAUUGGCUCGACAAGCCGCCAAACCAUACUUCCGCGAAUGGACAAAUAUGCGUUAUCACAAGGGUAAAACCUUCAUAUCCAACACCCGCCUCUUCAAAGCCGACAAGGCCCUCUACUUCCCCAACAUAUAUGGCCGCACUCUCUCCCCCACCACGCCCAUGCAAGACACAACCCCAAUCCUCCGCGGCAAGGUAUCCGUCGUGAGUAUAUUCUCCAGCCUCUGGGCCGAGCGUCAGGUCGCAUCCUUCGUAAGCCCGCUGAAAAACCCGACGCUGCACCAGAUCCUAAAAGAUUCUCCCAAGGCGGCGCAGCGGGUCGAGAUCAACUUUGAAGACAAUGUGCUGAAAGUUUGGUUGAUACGUAUGUUUAUGUGGCGGAUGAGGAGGAAGAUGCCUCAGGAGCAGCAUGAUCGGUAUUUCCUUGUGCGGCAAAAGGCGUUGACGGAUAGCUUGAGAGAACAGAUUGGGAUGAUGAACAGUAAGGUUGGGUAUGUAUAUUUGCUGGACCAGGAGUGUAGGAUUCGGUGGGCUGGGAGCAGUAUUGCGGAAGAUGGGGAGUUAGAGUCUUUGAAUAACGGGCUGCGGAAGUUGGUGGACGAGAGGAAGGUAUGGAAAGGUCUCAAUGCACUCUCGCGGAAAGCGGAUGGAAGUGCCUGAGUGAAUAUCAAAUAUCAAAGCAGCGUAUACCCCCUUUCGUUCGGAAAUGAGCCUAUUGUAUACAACGUGAAUAACAAUCCCCACACCUUGACAUAUAUGACCUUGAUACACGAUUAAUAUGUAAAUAUAGAUAAAUAGAUGAACAUACAAUUGAGAAGCCAUAUAAAAUAAAUACAUGCCUGCUGAUAUUAGUGUCCCACAUAAAAAAG